CAGCCAUGCUCUGUCCCUGCCCAAGGUUGCUUGUGACCAUCUAUCGCCACUGAAGACAUCACACUUGCAACGCUGUCCCAUGGUCGCUGGGUUCUGUCGGUUAGCGAGGUGAAGCUGGCGGAUAACGCCAAACGCGCUGGGUGAUGCGUGGUUGGGGAGGUCUGUGCAGCUCCUCAACCACGUACCUUCACCGAUCGAUAUGGAGUACGGCUUUAUGCGAAGACUUUGACAUCAUCUUUGAAUAAUGCUGCUAAAAGAGACAAUGCAUGGCGUGAGGGCUUCAAAACCCCUGUCAGACCCGGCCUGGCCCAAGCGGGAAGCCAGGUUUGCGAGGCUGGUCCUUGGAGUUUCCGGAAGUCUCUCAUCACGGGCCCCUGUCCUUGACUGUCGUUUCAAGGCGAGGACUUCAUCUUGCUGUCGUCGAUGUCCACCUUUUCUGGGGCCACCGCCCAUCAAUGGGUGGAAGAGCCCAAGCGUACACACCUCUUUUGCCCACUGGCACCCUCAGCGAUGGGACCAGCUACGCGUGACAGCUUCUGAGAGGCUGUCACCCAGCCCCCGGCUUUUCUGGCUUCGCGAACUGACUGACCCGCAGCGCGAUCACCUUGAUCCUUGCUCAACUACAAUCCUCGCCAGUAAACUGCACUGCAACGGUCGCAUUAUAGAGGGUACCACUGGAACCCUAAGCACAGGUUGGGUCAAGACGCUUUGAAGGCAGAAACAGCCCGCGGACGUCUCUGCGGGACCAGUCCUCCCUGGGCCGUGUGGUAAUAUCAAGGAACUGAUCAUCAGGUACCACGGAAAGCCCGGGCUUGUUUCGGUAGUCAGGGCCAGGGCUCAUCGAUGUGGCCAUGCUGAGUUGAAAGCUGAAAGUCUUGCAGAAGUCCGACGGACCGCCACGGGUCGAACGCGAGCUUCAGGAGACGUCAGUCGGCCGAUCGAAAUCCUCAGCGCGUGUCUUGAGCGGCUCAAGAGGUCCGGUUCAGUGGACACAGGUCCAGCCUAUCCUUGCACGCGUCGCAACGCCAACACUGGAGGAAAGAAAAUUCCCACUUGUCUAUUCACUCGUUACGAUUGAGUGGCGGUGGCCAAGUUGGGUCCAUGAGUUCAGAAACCCUGAUCGGCUCUACUGUUGGGUACUGUCAGGAGCAGCAACACCGCUGAUUGUACGUGAAAGCUGCAAGCCUCUCUGCAACUAGCAGACAUUACAUUCUGCAGACAGCUGAAUGGCGACCCUCCGCAUCCGAGGUGAGUAUUCGUUCUGUUGAACGUGGCUCCUAUUCCAUUAGCAGUAGCCUAUUGCAUAUAUGGUAUUGAGGAGCCCUCUUUCAAGGCGAGCCACGACCACUUACGGACAUUGUCGCGUGAUAGACGUUCGAAAUCUACUCCAGAGCAGCAUAGACAGCUCCAGCGACUCUAUAGCAUGUUGCUUGCAGACUGUAAUCAAGCCUCGAAUAUAAGAUAUUGUUAGACAACUCAGUGGACGGCAUACCUAGCCCGUGGGAGAUGUCUGAUAGCAAGGCCAGGAUAGGCCUCUGUUGAUAGGAGAUGAGAGCGAGUCAGCCUCUAGUACUACGAGGCUUCAGUAGCUCAAGCUCAAUAGAAAAUGCUUUAGUAUUUCUGUUUCAAUGACCACCUAAUGUCUACGAACCUGAGGUAACCUACCUAGGUACUGAUAGUGUGCGCCCAUUGUUGUGCAAAGUACUACCAGAACUUGAAGCAGACAACUCACGAUGAGUAAGCCGGUGCCUCCGAGUAGAUGCGAGGCUGUGGC